UUUGUUCAGGAACGAGAAAGCGAAUCCCGGCGGAGGCACUUUCGCCGUAGGUAGGUAAGUGCCUUCUCUUCAUGUGCCACCGGUGGUUGUCUCCAGAUAUUGUAGGAGAGCAAAAGGGAAGAAGAGCACAUGGUACGGGAAUUUAAGUCAUCCAGCAACUGGGGGAGUCACAGGCCAUGGCUGAUGGCACCGAUACACCUGGGCAGAUGGGAACGCUUUGGAGAGGAGAGAAAACUACAAAGCACGGACUGACCCGGCCUGUAGCCGAAGACAAUCCUCCCUUGGCCAACCCAGUUAUCCAUCACAGAGCUGCUCUUCGCAGGCUUUCUGUCAAUGUCUCGGAAGUCCAGAGCCAAACAAAAAUCCGAAUAUUCCAAGAGCCAGAAAGGUCACGGAGAUAUCAAUCACCUGUCACGCGCCGCAGCGAGACGGCAAUGAGAACGGCAGUGUCCCUGAAAUCGUGCACCGACAGCAUGAUUGACUGACAAGUUCCAAAGCACCAUGCAGAAGCAGUCAG